AUGCAAAGUAUCAAGAACGACCAUCAUAUGUUCUUCUUGUUCACUUUGCUCUCCCUCAUGUUUAGAGCCCAAUCAGUUGCUGCAAGUAGUGAAAUCCAUGCAACUGCCCGGUCAACUUAUUCCUCCAUCAACAUUGGUGCAGUUCUUGAUUUAAAUUCACCCAUGGGCACCAUGAUAGAUUUAUGCAUGUCCAUGGCACUGUCAGACUUCUAUUCAAUUCAUUCAAAUUACAAAACAAGGCUAUUUCUCCACACUGCGAGUGCUGAGGAGGAGCUAGACGUGGCUUCUGCAGUUCUAGAAAUGCUGAAGAAUCAAGAAGUGCAUGGUGUCCUGGGGCCGGAAUGGUCAAAGGAAGCUACGUUUGUUGUAGAACUUGGAGCAAGGGCUCAUGUACCUGUUAUUUCCUUCACAGCGAAAAACCGUGCUUUUUCUCGUUCACCGAGCCCUUACUUUGUUCGGACAACUCCAGAUGACUUGUACCAAGUCAAAAGUCUCACGGCCAUUUGCCAAGGAUUUGAGUGGCAUGAAGUAGUUAUUCUAUACGAGGACACUGAGGAUGGAAAUCUAUUCGUUUCUAAGCUAAAUAAAGCAUUCCAAGAAGUUGAUAUUCAGCUCUCAUACAUAAGUGCAAUAUCCACAUCAGCUGAGGACGUUUAUAUUACAAAAGAACUCAGCAAGCUGAUGACAAAACAAACCAGGGUAUUCCUGGUGCACAUGAAUAUUUUACUUGGGAACAGGCUCUUUGACCUUGCAAGAAAAGCCGGAAUGAUGAGUGAAGGAUAUGCCUGGCUCAUUACCGAUAGUUUGUCCAACUCUUUAACUUCUGUGGAAACUUCUUCGAUGGAAGGUGUUUUGGGGUUGAGGCCUCAUGUACCCAAGUCCAAGAACCUGGACAAUUUCAGGGCAAAGUGGAAGAGAAAUGCACUCUUGAGGAAACCUCAAAGUGAAAUAAUGGAGUUAAAUGUCUAUGGUCUGUGGGCAUAUGACACAGUUUGGGCCCUUGCAUUGGCCAUCGAAAGAAGUCUCUCCCCUGGUUCUGAUUUGCUGGAGUCAAGUCAAGGAGAUAACAGAAGUGAUAUUUCAAAUAUAACAAUCUCUCAGUUUGGCAGUAGGAUAUUGGCAGAACUCUUGUAUACUAAAUUUACAGGCCUGUGUGGAGAAUUCAAGUUGGUUGAUGGGCAACUACAGACCUCAGCCUUUGAGAUAAUUAAUUUGAUUGGAACAGGAUAUAGGACAGUUGGUUACUGGAGUCCUGAUGGAGGAAUAUCCAGCAAAUUAGCUUCAACAGGUGAGUCAACAUACUCAACCUCCACAAAAGAACUUAGAGCUAUUAUGUGGCCUGGAGAUACACUAGUAACCCCCAAGGGUUGGGCUAUUCCCACUACUGGAAAGAUUAAAGUUGGGGUUCCAAAGAAAAGUGAAUUCACUGAGUUCACAAAUAUACAAAAAGAUCCUGUGACAAAUCAAUUCAAUUUCAGUGGGUUGUCUAUAGAUGUAUUUCUUGCUUCUUUGAAGCUGUUACCUUUCAAGCUUGAAUAUGAGUUUAUUCCUUAUCUGAACACGAGUAGAGACCUUAACGGGAGCUAUGAUCACAUGCUUCACAAAAUACUUGACAAGGUCUGUCUUGUCUCGAAGACUUAUGAUUUUGUGGUUGGAGAUGUAACAAUUUUGGCAAAUCGAUCCACAUUCAUCGAUUUUACCCUCCCAUAUACUGAAUCUGGAGUUGUUAUGGUUGUGAAAAACAAAAAGAACAUAGACAUGUGGACAUUCCUGAAGCCUUUAAGAUGGGACCUAUGGCUGACUAUAGUCUUGGCCUGCAUUUUCAUAGGAUUUGUUGUCAGAAUGUUGGAGCAUCAGAGAAACAACACUAAUACUGGCUCUUUGACACCGAAUGAACAGCCAUUUGGGUUAUUCUUUUGGUUCCCUAUUGCAGCUCUUGCCUUCCCUGAGAGGAAUAUGGUGGCAAACAAAUGGUCAAUGUUUGUCUUGGUUGUAUGGCUAUUCGUGGCAUACAUAUUGAUGCAGAGCUAUACAGCUAAACUAUCAGCAAUUUUCACAGUUGAUCAGCUGAAUUUUGCUUUUUCUAAGGACUAUUAUGUCGGUUACCAACAUGCUUCUUUUGUUCAUGAAUUUUUGAUUAAUGAGCUCCACUUGGAUGCCUCAAAGUUGAGGAGUUACUCAACCAUUGAGGAAUACCAUGAUGCUAUGUGUCGAGGUGGCAAAAAAGGCGGCAUUGACGCCAUCUAUGGCGAGAUCCCUUACAUGAAGCUCCUGAUUAACAGAUAUGGUUCGGAGUACAGAAUUGUAGGGCCAACACACAAAACGGAUGGCUUUGGUUUUGCAUUCCCUAUGGGCUCACCACUGGUUAGUUACUUCUCAAGAGCAAUCCUUAAUGUAACACAAGGUGCAACCAUGAAUGUGAUUGAGCAAAAAAAUUUUGGACCGGGAUAUCCUGCUGAUCAAGAUUCAAUCAGUCAAGAGAGCCCUAGUCUUACAGCUUAUAAUUUUGGAGGCCUCUUCAUAAUCAUACUCUCAGCUGCCAUGAUUGCAUUAUUCUGCUCUAAGACCUCUAUUGGACAAAGAUUCACUGCCAUGAUAUCGAAUUGUUGCCACAGAUGUUCAAGAUUUCUGAAUUCUAGUGGCAAAGAAUCAAGAGUUCACUCGUUAAGCUACAGAGAUGCCACAGGAGAUUCACCCAGUGAAGAGGCUAAUGAAUCAGAGGAGAACAACAGAAAUGUGUCACAUGGACCUGGGGAAGUUCGCGAAGCUGAAGUUGAUGUUGCAGAUAUUUCAGCGAGACAAGGUGAAGUUCAUGAAUCCAACAGGACAAACGAGAAUGCUGCUUCAGCUGGUACCAGUGAAAUUCAGCUAUCUGAAUCAAGCAACAUGCAGCAACCUGAGUCAAGCAGUAGUGAAAAUGCUUGA